UUUUGAGAAGGGGCAGAGAGGCGGAGAUAGGACCUUUCUCCACUCCCGUGUUAACACUGAGCAUGUGAUGAACUAACGCGUACUUGACUGUGCAAUUUUGUCAUCAUAUCUCCCAAGGGAUUACAAUUUACAAGCAGCGAAGACACAACUCAGGUAAAGAGCAGUAGAGUCAGCAUGAUGCCGGGUACCACUGCGGGCAAGAAGCUGGACCUGUCCAGGCUUACGGACGAGGAGGCCAAGCACGUGUGGGAGGUCAUCCAGAGGGACUUCGACCUGAGGAAGAAAGAGGAGGACAGACUGGGGGAGCUGAAGACCAAGGUUGAGAAGGAGGACGCCAAGCGCGAGCUGCUAGGGACAGAGACCAACCUGGCCGACUCCCACUGCAUCCGCUGCCUGCACCCCUUCAAGUUCCUGGUCAACAGCAAGCGCCAGUGUUUGGACUGCCGUCUGUAUGCCUGCAAGGCCUGCUGCCGCUACAACAAGAAGGAGCGUGGCUGGGUUUGCGACUCCUGUCGCAUGGCCAGGAUGCUGAAAAUCGGAACCUUGGAAUGGUACCACGAAAAUGUGCGUGUCCGGUUCAAGCGCUUCGGAAGCGCCAAGGUGAUGCGGUCCCUGUACAAGAGGCUGAACGGGAUGCAUGGCUCCCAGCCAGAUCUGAGAGGUCCCCGUGAUGAAGACACGCACAGCAUGCCUGACGUGCUUGGUGCGUACGAUGGCCAUGACGAGGACCACAUUGACGCUUCAGACGGGCAGAGAUACAGGCUGAUACGAAAGACCAAGCGUCUGCUUUCCGUUCACCCCCUCGAUUUCGAUCUGGACAAUGAGUACGCCACUCACUCUCGCCGCCAGUCCCUUCAGUACCCGGGAAGCCUGGAGGGCAUGACCCGGCGCAGGUCGAUGAUGGCGGAGGCCGAUGUGGCGUCCGUGUUCCAGCAGAUCCUGGAAGAGCAGGCCGGUCACGACCGCCAGUUCAACACGGAGGUGCACCUGCACGUCCAUCGCCGCAAGAGUCUGGAAAAAGCCUCACGCUCUGAUGAUGGGCAGUUCAGUGAGCACAGGAUGAUGCGCUCACGCUCCCUGUCCAAGAUCAUCCCCCCCAACGGCCCACAGCGCCACUACUACCAUGACAUGGACUCCUCCGAAGAAGAGGAGGGCCAGCGGGCCCCCCUCUACCAGUUGCCCCCCCGCCGCCGAAGCCACGCCUCCUCCCAGGAGAACGUCCACCAGGCCCCGCCCCAGAUCAAUGAGUUGAACAAGCGCAUGUCUGCCAUUGAAAGCCUUCUUAAUCGCCUGGAGCAGAAAAUGACCAUACCACCAGAGCAGCCUGCCAGUCUGUCAGAGGCAGAGCUGGAGGAGAGGAAACUGAGGAGGAAGCUGGACGAGCUGACGGGCAACAUCAGCGACAAGGGUCUCUCGUCUGACGAUGAGGAAGCCAAGAAGGCCCCGGGGCCCAAGGAGACCCCAGCAAAGAGUGCUGCUCAGGGGAAUGCGCUCCCCACCGGGCCCCCUCUCCAGCCAGCCAUUCUGAGCUCGUCCAGCGAUGAGCUUCCAUCUGAAGCACAAAAGGUCUGUACAUCAGCGGGCAAGCCCUACACCCUGGAGAAGAAGCAGAGAGCACUGGGCGAGGCCACUAAGAGUGCCUACAGUGGUACCACUGACUCCGAGCUGUCCGAGCUGGAGGACAAGGUGGCUUGGGCAGCUGCGAAGGUCCACAACACAGAGAGUGAGGUGUCAGACAUAGAGAACCGGAUCGCUGCUCUGAGUGCUGCUGGGAUGUCUGUAGAGAAGUCCAAGAAGAGGCCAUCAGGACCACACCAGAGAAGAAAGGCACCACAUGACUUCCCUUUGAGACAAGCUGAUCUGUUCAUGCGAAAUUCCAUCUACCGAGGUUCUCUGACCCAAAGGAACCCGGUGGCCAAAGACAAGCCUAAAGCAACCAGCGCGAAACCGGUAUUGGCUCAGGCUCUGUGAGGAAACAGACAAUGAUGUGAGUGACCCUUGCUCUCCUGCAAGGACACAUAUCCCCAGUACCAACAGAAGAGCCAUGAAGCAACCUACAGCCUCUCUCUGACCAGCUGGCUGGACACAGGACCUCCUUUUCCCAACAAGGAGCCAUCCAAUUUAUUACAGUUAGGCAUAUUGCUGUGGAGUCUUUAAACAUGUAAACGAUUGAAUGUCUAGACCUGAAAUUCUAUAGCCAUUGUUUUAUGCGUCAUUGUACAGUCAGACAGGUAAGCCAGGUUGAGACUGUAUUCAAGGUAUUACAUACUCACUGAUGCUGCACAGUCAAAUGAUCUUUAAUUUCUGAAAUGCCAUCCCUUUUCCUCAGUCACCUAUGUCAGCCAAUCCUUAUACUAUAAAGAUAAGUGAAGAUGUGUAUGCAGCAUUAAUUCAGGAACAUUCUAAUUCUAAUUCUUAUUUUUAUUACAUACAUGUUAGAUCAUUACCUCCAUCUAGAUUUAUGGUAUAUACAUUUCUCCCAGAUUUAACUGGCGCAGUAGUGCAGUGGGUUGCAUUGUUGCCUCACAGUAAGAAGGUCUAUGGUUCCAAUCUCGGUUGAGCAUUUCUGUGUGGAUCUUUAAUUCCUUGUGUUUCCUCCGGGCAGGUUAGUGGUUAGGCUAAUUUGAGAGUCUAAAUUGUGACCUAAUAUGUGUGAGUGAGUGGUGUGCAUGCUCGGAGAUGGACUGGCAAACUGUCCAGGCUCUCACCCAAUGCAUGCUGGGAUAGGCUCCAGCACCUCCUGCAACCAAUAAACGGGGAUAGAUAAUGGUGAAUUAUGUAUAAAGCAGCUUACAAAGAAGACCCUUUGUAACUGAAUUAGCCCUGCCAUGCAUUACUCCUCUUCCAAAUACCUGGUGUGUUUCCAGCUGUGUUAAAGUUACGACAAUAAUAGUAAAUAUGUAGCUUGCUAGCAUUAUCUUUCCCUUUUUUGAUGUUUCAUAAAAAUGUUUGAUGGUGAUGUUAGGUUUUCACAUCCUAAGGGGGUUUUAUGUUAAUUGGAUCAUGAAGAUAUUUAAUUAUAUGUGCAGUAAAUCCUCAGGAUCAAAUCCUUCUUAAGUUAUUUGCUUGGUACCUGCUGCUGGCUUCCUGCGCAAGAACACUUGAAAGCAUUCACUCCCGUCAAACUGUUAUUCCGUACUGAAGGUCUGCGCGGUCUGCAGCCACCCUGCCUUUUGCUCAUCAACUCCCAAGCUCGCAUUUGUUUAUGACAGUGUUCAGGUUACUGACCCUUUUUCAUGUAAUAACUGCUGUUCAAACUGUGGUGAUAAGUAGAUUUGUGUUAUGUCUCAUUUGUCAGUUGAUCUUGUUUUUUUUUUGUUUGUUUUUU